UCUUUUUGUACGCAGCGUAGCAGUUUUUACAGAUGACUUUCAGAACAUGGACAUUCCGCUAAAAGUCGUGGUACGGAUAGUACCAUCGGAAGACACGGUUCCGACAGCAAAUGCGGAAGAGGAAAACUGUCAGUCUGCAGCGCUAGCCAAGGACCACCUAGGCGACAAAGAUGACGACGAAAAUGGCGAUGAUGAAACGGUGCAAAUUGUCCAGCCCGAUGGCCAAAGCAGAUUGUUUCGAUUUGCUCGCGUUUACCGCCAGAACGAAGUUCCGCGUUGCUUGUACGCUGAGUCAAUAGCCGGGAUUACGGAAACGGUUCUGGAAGGAUACGAUUUCUCCAUCGUUUCGUACGGUGAAUCGGGCAGCGGAAAAAGUUAUUCUCUUUAUGGGAGUGCAGCCAACGAGGGCAUUGUACUGUGUUUUGUGCAGGAUUUGUUUUGCCAGCUGGCUGCACACCCCGAACGGGUGUGCUCCGUUGGAGUGGCUUGGACCGAAAUAACCAGCGACGGAGAUGUACUGGAUGUUCUGGGAACCGCUUUGAUGCAGUGUUUUACGUUGGAGGAAAUUUGCGGAAUGCUUAGUUUGGGGCUGCACAACAAAAAUGCGGACAAUCACAGCAUACUGAGUUUGAUACUGGAACAGCAGUGGACUUCCCUUAACGGAAUGAACCAACACCGGCAGUCGACGAUUAGCUUUUGCGAUCUGGCGGGAACGGAGCGCGAAACGAUUGAAAUGAAAAGUGUUUUCAGAGAUUCUGGACUGAGAAAGUUGGAGGACAUCGUUCACAAGCGAUGCAGUGAUUAUAAUGAAUCAAUUUUAACGGCAUUUUUAAAGGACUCUUUUGGGGGUCGUGCUCAAACGUUACUGCUGUUGUGUGUUAAGAACGUGAACGAUGCAGAAAGCAUUCGAAGUUUAGAAUUUGGAGAAAAAGCGCAGGAAAUUGUGAACCAUGUCAUCAUGAACACAUUUUCGGAUAAUAAUGUCCCUUUUGUAGCAUUAAAUGAGGACAUUAGUGGCACGAUGGCACAGCCAAAUUACGAUGGACUCUAUUUUGCCUCCCAACAAUGGGCUAAGCUACUCAGAAAUGCGGAAAAUAUUUUUAAUAAACUGUUUAGUGCAUGCGAAUUAACGCAGCAGGAACGUGCUCAAAUUGAAGAAUGGCUCUUCCUAAAAGCAGAGUGCGAUGAGUGCUUAAGUUCGACUGACAUGAGUAUUACGGCCGGUAUUGGGAGCCAACCGGCUCGGGUGUGUCUCGGACCGAUCGAAGAGAUGGACGAAGCCGAUGAUAACUUGCUCCAGACUAGUAGUGGCAAAGUUAACACCAGCGAGCAGUGUAACUCGGAUAAUGAAAGUGAUUCUGACAUUGGUACUCAUUUGACAGACGUAACCGAACGUAUCCAAGGGUACAUGGAAAAAUUUCACGUCAAAACAAACAAUUUGAUCAACGAGAAGUAUAAUGAAUUUUUCCAAGCUCACCCGAAGAUGAUCGACGAUUUGAACGAAGAAGUUCGUCAGCAACAACAGAAGAAACAAAAACAAUCUAUGCAAACAAGCACGGAUGGACCAGUGCACAAUCCCGCUCGAAGGAAAUCUAUUUUUGAUGCUGACUCCAUUAGUAGUAAUGAACUGUCGUUAAUGUCAACCCUACGUAACAGUGAAUCAACCACAUCGUUGGCUGUUCAAGCGACACCUGCUCCAGCUGCCAAUAGUAAACGUCUGGACACGAUGAACAACAACCUGCGCAUAACGUCCGUUAGCAUUGAUUCGUUGCACGUGCAAAUUGAAGAAAUUCGACGCACAAUAGCCCUUAAGCAGAAAUAUAUAAACGAUUUAAUUGAGAACAGCGAAACGCGUUCGGUUGCCAAGACCCGUUUCAAUAAAAAGAAACGCAACCUCGAGGAUGAGUACGAAAAGGCAAAGAAACAGCUGGCCAAAGCCGUGGUCAACGGUGCAGAUAAGAAAGACAUCAAUCAUCUGAAAAGCAAAACAUCACAGAUCGAACAAAGAAUGAAAGACCUUGAGUCGAUUCGAUACAUCGCCGGUGAGUCCGGUCAGAAGCGAAAGAAGCUGCAGCAGUCGAUUAAGGAUUCACAAAAGCAGUUGGAGGCCCUGCAGAAAAUGCUCAAAAAAGAACUGGAUCGAAAGGAAGCCCUGGAGCGUGAGAUUGAAGCGUUGAAGAAAGAGAAAUCAACGCCCAAAAUUGGUGCCAUGCAUGAGAUUACCGAAGGUAGGAGUAAGAUAAAGAAAAUGAAUGAUAGAAUUUUACAGAUCGAACACGUGCUCAAGGAAAAGUCGAGUAAUUUGAAGAGGUACGUGAACAAAAAAGAAACGGAGAAAGACCUGUUGCGACAGGAGAUUAAAAACCUUAGGAUAACUCGGGAUUUGCAGUUGGAGCAACGCUACAAUUUGGAGAAAAAAAUCCGCGAAGAAGAGAUGCCAUCAUUCGAUGAAGAACGCAAGUUAGUUGAAUGCGAGGAAGCUAUCGAGGCUAUCGAUGCCACGAUAGAGCUGAAAAAUGAACAGAUCUGCGGUCGCAAGAGCAUCGAUACCGAUGAAAGUCUGCAACGGGAACGGGGCGAGCAAAUGCUGAUGGCUCGAUUGAAUAAACUAUCAACGGAUGAGAUGAGAACCUUGCUGUACAAAUACUUCCAGAAAGUAGUCGAUCUCAAAGGCAGUAGCCGUAAAGUUGAAAUGCAAUUCAUUGCCCUCGAACGGGAGCGUGAUGCUUGGAAAUGGAAAGAGAAAAUUCUUACCAACCACAUCCGUCAGGAGCGUUUAGAGAAGGAACGAUCCAUAAUUGCCAUGCAAAAACAACAUGAAACAAAGCUGAAUCUAAUGCUGCGUCACUUUGCAGCGGAUACGUCCGCCUCCAUGACCAGUUCGGUUCCAGAGAAUGCUCUGUAUCCGUACACUCCCUCGUCUGGAAGCGACUUUGUUCUCAACCACCCUAGUCCCAGUCGCUAUCAUCAUCAUACGCUCGCGCUAGAUUCCGACAGCGACGCGACCGGCCAUCAUCCGCUUCCUCAUCACACCAAGCAUCUGACACACUUCAAACCCUCCAGCGUAGCGGUGGCCGCAGCUGCCGUUCCACCCUUAACAGUCGAAAAAGAUCGGAAGAAUAAGCUCCUGUCGAAGCUGCAGGUUUUCACGCGAUAUCACGGAGGAACCGAUAAGCGUAAGGUUUUUGUCCAGUCGGACAUACCCCAGCAGAAUCUGAAACAGCUGCAGAUCUCAGCCAGGCCGUCACUGACGAAGGUAACCAGAGAAAAGAACAAAAUCAUUAUUCAAAGCGACGGCGGCGGCAGCGGAAGCGGUAAGUGAACGCGGAACGAUCACUUAAUCUAUCAUAUCUCACUCUCUAGUACCUUUAGAAUUUUUACAUUCAAACACUGAUAAGUGAUUGUUUUAUAAAAUCACUAUCAUCAAAAGUAUGUAGAUCGAACAUAGUCCGAUUUCAGACAAACAUUUUUGUGCAAGAGUGUGUUCUAAAAUACUCCCUAUACGCUAAUUAAUCUGUUAUUGAAUGUGACUGUGCGUGUAGAUCAACUGCAAAAUGUAAUUCAAAUCUCGUAUCAGAAUGUGAACGGCAUUUAAUAAAUGUUUAC